AUGGAAGUUUUAGAGGAUAAAUGCAUUACACCAGGAUACGGUUUAAUUGAAGAAUCAGUUAAAGCAAUACCACGUUUAUUCAGUAAGGAAGAUCCAUUCAUGAUUCCAGCUCAACAUAUUGACGUUCGUUCACUAAAUGGAGGUUGCAUCACUCCUGAAGGUAUCAGCUCAGAUUUCUCAUACGCUCUUCAUAAUGUUACAGAUGUUAUAUGCAUUUCCGAAGAAUGCAAUGCAAGAACAGUUUUAGAAAAUCCAAUGCUUCGAGGUCUUCAGGUCACUAUAGAUUCCAGAAACUUCCCGAUCAAGCGAUGA